CUCGUCAUUUACAAAGCUCACACAAUCAGUGUGCACUGUUCAAACCAAAAAUGGACUUCUUCACCUUCUUCCACACACUCUCCGCCAUUGUCAUAUUCAUAUACGUCUCCAAGAUCCUGAACUGGGUAUGGUUCACACCAAGAAGCCUCGAGAAACGCCUCCGGCAGCAGGGCUUCACCGGAAACUCUUACCGGAUUUUGUUCGGAGACAUGAAAGACAUGAGACAAAUGACCAAAGAAGCCACCUCAAAGCCCAUCAGUUUUUCCCAUGAUUUCUCCAAUAGAAUCAUCCCCAUCUUCCAUUUUGCUCUCAACAAAUAUGGGGAGAAAUGCUUUGUAUGGUUCGGACCAAAUCCUGCAAUUGUUGUGAUGAACCCGGAACUUGUAAGAGAAGUUCUGUCGAAGAGUAUCGUGUUUCAAAAGCUUCCCGGUCGCCCCUUUGUUAGGCUGAUGAGUAAAGGGCUAGUAACGCUAGAAACGGAUAGAUGGGCCAAGCAUAGGAGACUCAUCAAUCCUGCAUUUCAUGUGAAUAAACUCGAGCAUAUGGUUCCGUCGUUCUACUUGAGCUGUGAUGAGAUGUUGAGCAAAUGGGAUGAGAUUGUGGGGAAUGGAGGAAGUUGUGAAGUGGAUGUGUGGCCUUAUCUUCAGAAAUUGACGAGCGAUGUGAUUUCAAGAACUGCGUUCGGGAGUAGCUAUUUGGAAGGAAGCAAGAUUUUUGAACUACAGCAAGAAUUAGCUCAACAUAUUGCGCUAGCAAAUCGAUCUGUUUACAUCCCGGGAUACAGAUUUUUGCCAACAAAAAAUAACAAGAGAGUGAAAGAGAUCGCGAAGCAAGUGAAAUCGUCUCUGCUCGAUAUAAUCAAUCGAAGAAUCAAGGCAAUGGAAGCAGGGGAAGCUAGCAAGGAAGACUUACUUGGAUUACUACUCGAAUCCAAUUCCAAAGAAAUCAAACAACAUGGAACUAAGCACGGAAUGAGCAUGGACGAAGUCAUCGAAGAGUGCAAACUCUUCUACUUUGCAGGCCAUGAGACAACCGCGUCUCUACUUGUCUGGACAAUGAUUAUAUUGAGCAAGUACACAGAGUGGCAAACCCGAGCAAGGGACGAGGUUCUGCAAAAUUUCAACGAAGGAGAAUCUAACUAUCAACAACUGAAUAACAACCUCAAAAUUGUAGGCAUGAUCCUGCAGGAGGUGCUACGACUCUACCCUCCUGCGUUUAUGAUCAUGCGAAGGACGCACAAAGAAGUCAAGUUAGGGAAUGAGACUAUACCGGGGGGAGUGCAGCUUAUGCUGCCCUUGAUUUUAUUGCAUCACGACCCGAAAAUAUGGGGCGAGGAUGCAAAAGAAUUUAAUCCGGAGAGGUUUAGCGAUGGCGUGCCCAAGGUGGCGCAGGGGGCCGGGGCGCUGGCCUACUUCCCAUUCAGUUGGGGCCCAAGGAUAUGCAUCGCGCAGAACUUUGCUAUGUUGGAAGCUAAGAUAGCGAUGGCUAUGAUUCUGAAGCGUUAUUCGUUUGAGCUUUCGCCUUCGUAUUCGCAUGCGCCUCACCAAGUGGUGACUGUGCAACCUCAACGUGGCGCGCAGUUGAUUCUUAACAAACUAUAAAGGGUUUGCACAGAGUCGGAAACUUGGAUUUCGACUCGGGCUGCUAAGUAGGCCGUUACUCGUUGGCUUGAGCGCUUACUGAAUGAAUGCAAAUAAGAUUUGGUAUAUCGAGUCUUGGACAAGAAUAAGAAUCUUGAAUUAUUGAAUCGGAAUGGAAUACAUAUGGUGAGCUACAACGAUCGCUAAA